AUGGCCUUGCCUAUGAAGAAGACCGUGAUGAAGGCAAUGAAGUCUGCGGCCAUGAAGGCAAAGGCCAUGAAGGGAAUGAAGGUGAUGAAAAAGAAAGCCAUCAGCAAAAUCGCUCGGGGCAAGCUGGCGAAGGUGGUUGUCUUCCAGGGUCGCAAGGAGAAGACCGCGACGGGCCUCCAGAAGACGCACCUCAUGAAGAAUAAGCGCGGUAAGGUGGUGACCAAGAAGAAGCACGCCAGCGGCAAGCUGUUUCAGAAGUUGGGGCAGAAGUGGAUCAGCGCGGUGAUGACCGCGAGAAAAGAGCUGGGCAUGAAAGGCUUUUGCGCGGUAGGCGGCAAGAGUGCUCAGGGCAAGGCGCUCUAUGCCAAGGCCAAAGCGCUUUAUGCAGCAUGA